AAACCAAAAACACAAACCAUUUGAAAAAACCUAUAACGUUAAAAUCACGAGAUUGUUUUCUCUUCUUUUUUGUUCUUCUCGAAGGAAGAACACAUAUAUAAACCAUGGAAGGAGGUGUACCAGAAGCAGAUAUGUCUGCUUUCAGAGAAUGUUUGUCUCUUUCAUGGAAAAAUCCUUAUGUUCUUCGUCUUGCUUUCUCUGCUGGAAUUGGUGGCCUUCUUUUUGGAUAUGACACUGGGGUUAUAUCUGGAGCUCUUUUGUAUAUUAGAGAUGACUUUAAAGCAGUAGAUAGAAAGACAUGGCUUCAGGAAGCAAUAGUGAGUACAGCAAUAGCUGGAGCAAUCAUAGGAGCUUCAGUUGGUGGAUGGAUGAAUGACAAAUUUGGAAGGAAAAUAUCAAUCCUUGUUGCAGAUACCCUCUUUUUAUUAGGGUCUCUUGUGAUGGCUUUUGCUCCAAGUCCAGCUGUUCUCAUUCUUGGUAGAGUCCUUGUUGGUAUUGGUGUUGGAAUGGCCUCCAUGGCUUCUCCUUUGUACAUCUCAGAAACUUCACCAACUAGAGUUAGAGGUGCUCUUGUUAGUCUCAACAGUUUUCUCAUUACUGGUGGACAGUUCCUUUCCUAUCUCAUCAACUUGGCCUUUACUAAGGCGCCACACCCGUGGAGGUGGAUGUUAGGAGUAGCGGCAGCACCUGCAGUCAUACAGAUUAUAUUCAUGUUGACCCUCCCAGAAUCGCCUCGUUGGUUGUACCGUCAGGGAAAAGAGGAAGAAGCAAAACAAAUUCUGAGAAAGAUAUACGACAACGUUGAGGACUUCAACAACGAAAUUCAAGCGUUAAAAGAAUCGGUUGAUGCGGAACUGAAGAAUACAGAGAAAAUAAGCAUGAUACAGCUUCUUAAAACAACAUCAGUAAGAAGAGGUUUAUAUGCUGGUGUAGGACUUGCAUUCUUUCAACAAUUUAGUGGUAUCAACACAGUCAUGUACUAUAGUCCCUCAAUUGUUCAAUUGGCUGGUUUUGCAUCCAACAAAACAGCACUUCUUCUGUCACUAAUCACUUCCGGCCUCAACGCAUUUGGUUCGAUUCUGAGCAUAUAUUUCAUCGAUAAGACCGGAAGGAAGAAACUCGCAUUGAUUAGUUUGAUUGGUGUCGUGUGCACUUUGGUUCUUUUAACGGUUACUUUCCGUCAGGCUGAAAUUCAUUCACCUAUGGUUAGUUUCGACGAUAGCAUGAGUUUUAGGAAUAACACAUGCCCCGAUUUCAAAACAGCGGUGAAUAAUGAUAAAUGGGAUUGUAUGACAUGCUUAAAGGCUUCUUCAACUUGUGGAUUUUGUGCUGCUCCUAACAAGCUCCAACCGGGGGCGUGUGUAAUCUCGAGCGGUUCUACGAACGACAUGUGUGCGAAGGAUCAUAGAGCAUGGUACACAAGAGGAUGUCCAAGCAACUUUGGUUGGAUUGCGCUAAUAGGCCUUGCACUCUACAUCAUGUUCUUCUCACCAGGAAUGGGGACAGUUCCAUGGGUUGUUAACUCCGAAAUCUAUCCGUUAAGAUACCGAGGCGUCUGCGGAGGAAUAGCUUCUACAACAGUUUGGGUUUCCAACCUUAUUGUAUCUCAAUCCUUCUUAACUUUGACUGAGGCAAUUGGACCAGCUUGGACUUUCUUGCUCUUUGGAAUCAUUGCAUUUAUAGGGGUUUUCUUUGUGAUUGUAUUUGUGCCAGAGACUAAGGGGGUUCCAAUAGAAGAAGUGGAGAGCAUGCUUGAGAAGAGAUUUGUGCAAAUUAAGUUUUGGCAGAAGAGAGAAAAGUAGUGAGUCUGUGAAUCAGAAGAAAAUAAUAAUUGUGUCUAGUUUUAUGAUCGUUUUCAUAACUCUUGAUUUGUAAUGUGUCUGUUUUGAAUUGAAUGGUUAAAUUUGUUGAAAGUGAAGUAUGGUGUUAAUGUGAUUUUGA